AUGUAUGCGCUACGGUUUAUUCCAACCUUGGAAUCCACCGUAAAUUCACGCAGUAAAUCUACCCUGGAAAAUGCUCGCGAAAAACUAAGAGAUGAUCCUGGCGGUACAAAAAAUCAAACGGAAACAACAACAACGGUAACGAAUCAUAGCAAUAUGGAAGCUACAACAGCAACAACACCAGCCGCAACAACAACAACAAAAUAUUAUAACAGUAAAACAAAGCUACAACAACAGCAACAGAAUAACAACAACAACAAUAAUCAGUUACCACAAAAUAAAAAUGAUAGCCAAGAACCACAAAAGAAACUAACCGCUAAGCAAGCUAAACAAGCUGCCAAAUUAGCAGCUCAGCAACAGCAACAGAAUGUUAAAACAGCUGCUGCUGCAGCUGAUAGUCGACAGCAACAACAACAACAAAAUAACAAAAAUGUUUCCAAAACGACGGUAAAUUCCGCCGACAAAAAUGUAAAUAAUUCUAAUUCAAUACCUGCCAAUACCACCAAUAAAAACACCACAGCAACAACAACAACAACACUUGCAACCACCGCCAAUAAUAGUAAUAAGGAACAACACCAACAACAACAAUCAUCCGCCACAACAGUAGCAGCAGCAGUCCCAGCCGCAACAACACAGAACAGCGUUAGUGAUAAUACAAGUGGUCCUGCCCAGUCGUCAGGAUCCGACAUUAACUGGAGCAACUCCAAAUAUUUACACAAGAAAUUUAAACGUCUGGCAAGUACCACGGAAACUGAGGGAGGAGGAUCCGCCAUUGGAACUGGAGGAGGAUCGGGCCAAGAAUCUGAAAAGCUGAGAACCACAUCAAUAUCAUCGGCCAGUUCUUCGGUCUCAUCACCACCACCACCAGCUGUUGUAGCACAACAGCGACCAGAAAAUGAAACAACAACGAAACCUGCCACCCAAGAAACAAGACCCUCCCAGCAUCCACCGCCAACACCACACCAUUUACAAAAUGGUUAUGUGAGCAAACAGGAAGUGGUGGAUGCUGCCGCACUACAAAAUCAGAUUUUGUUGCAAAUGGCCCAACAACAGUCACAACAACAACAGCAAGUGGUGAUACUUUCCUCCAGCCAUCAAACAGAAGUAACAGCCAGUACGGCAGCUCCUCCCGCCGCAACCUCAAAUUCAGCAGCUACCACAACAAAUGCCAAUACCAGUGGUAAUGGUGGUAGCGGAGGCGGUCGCCACAUUUGCCCCUAUUGCAAUUUAAGCUGUACAAAACCCUCGGUGUUGAAAAAACACAUUCGCGCCCACACCAAUGAGCGUCCAUUUCCCUGUGAAUUUUGUGGCAUUGCCUUUAAGACCAAAAGUAAUCUUUACAAACAUUGGAGAUCUCGUUCCCACAUGGCUCGACGAAAAGGCCUUGAAGUGCCACCCGAUGCUGAUGAUGGUUUGUCGGAUCAGGAUGUGGAUCCAGAGUUGAGUAACAGUAGUUCAGAAAUGUUAAGUCGCACAGAUUCCCCCAUGGAAGAGGUUGUGGCAUCGCAAAGUGUCAUUUCCCAGCCACAACAACAGCAGCAACAAAUUAAUGAGCCUCACACUCUCAUACCCACACCCAUGAAUUCAAAUUCUUCAAUGGGUGCUGCCGCAGCCUCCUCACCAUUGCCACCAGCAUCACCUGCCUCUCGUUUAGUUCAGCCCCAGCCAACCAAUGCCACCAUGCAACAAGCAAGUCCCACAACCCAACAGCAGCAACAACACCAUCAAAGUCAAUUGCCUUUGGGUUCACCGGCUGCUGGGACAUUGGCGCCCAACGUGGCUGCCACAAUAAACCAAAAUAACGUUGGCAGCUCAUCGAGUAACAACAGUUCCGCUGCCAAACAAGCCAUCGAUUAUAAGCCAUAUAAACCAAAAUUUCAUAAUGCAGCCUUGUACAAUUCGCCAAAAGAGGCUGCUGCUGCAGCAGCGGCUGCCGCUGCGGCCGCCACAAACAACUCCUCCUCCCCAAUGGAAACUAAUUUAGCCGGUGCCUCAAUUAAUAGGGUGGAUAUUGUUACAGCCCAACCAUCUCCGCAAACGUCACUUAGGAUAGGAGAAGGAGGAGCACCAGCCACUGGUGGAGGACAUGUAUCUAGCGGCCAACCCCCCUCCUCCUCCUCAGCUCCCCUCCAGCUCCAUCAUCAUCCCAGCCUGUCGCCAAGUACCCAGAUCAAAUUGAACAAUCACCUCAGCAGUCAUCAGUUACAACAGCAGUUGCAGCAACAACAACAGCAGCUACAUCAGCUGGCUCAGGCCCAGGCCGCAGCCGCUGCUGCCGCCCAACAUCCUCACACACAUUUAUUGGUUCCACCCGGACCAGGAAAUGCCCCGCCGCCGCUACCAUUACCUUUGGCAGCUUACUAUUUGCCACACGGAGCCUUUUACAAUCCCAUGGCGGCUGCUGCAGUGGCCCAUCAACAGGCCUAUGCCUCAUUGCAUUUAAUGACGCCCCAGCAGCAGCAACAGUUCCAUCAUCAGUUGCAAUUGCAACAACAACAUUUGCAGCAACUUCAACAUUCCGGUGUAAUAGCACCAAACGCAGCGGCGGCUGUUGUGGCGGCAGCAUCAGUACCACCACAGCAGCAGGUUCCUCCUCCAUCCCCAGCUCAACCCUCACCACUGGCUGGCGUGGCUCCAGCUCCGCCACAACAACAAACGUCGGCAUCGUCACCCUCUCCAGUGCAGCAAAAUCACAUUAAAACUCCCACGCCCGUCAUGGGUAAUACGGGAGUUUUGAGGCCCACACCCACCAGUGCAGGUAGUGCAUUACAUCUCGCCAAGGCCACACCCGGUGUUGUCGCCGCGGGGCCACAACAAAGUCCUCUGCAUUAUCUGGCCAAUGCAGCCCUGAACGGUCAGCCUGUCGCAAUGGCCAGUAAUAAGCUAAAUACGGAUAUGCCAGAACAACCACCACCAUCACAUCAAAUGGGAAAUAGUAGUGGAGCCACCUCCUCGUCCUCCUCAUCCCAACAACGUUCUUCCUCCUCAACUAAUCAUUUGCAGAAUUCAAAUAAUCCUGGAGAAAUACCUUUGAACAAGGAAAACCUCCAUGAACGCAUUAACAAAAUCAUCUCCCAAAAUGAGGCUAUUGUUGAGAACAAAGAACUUCUAUUGCAAAAGAAAUAUCCCAAAACCUUAAACCGUUCUCGAAGUUUUACAAAUGCCAAUAACUCGGCGGCAUCCAAUUCGGGUUCAUCGUCGUCGGGCAGUAUCCAAACCACACUGCAAAGUACAACGGGAGCGCCACCAAGUGAAUCGGCCACAAAUGCCAAAUUGGCACAGGUUAUAGUACAAAAACAACAGCAAUUGCAACAACAACAACAGCAAUUGCAACAGCAACAACAAGCCCAGCAACAAUAUAUUUAUCAACAGCAAUUGCAACAGCAGCAGCAACAACAACAACAAUUGCAAAAACAACGCCACAUUUAUUCGGAUAAAAUCACCAUGGAAGAGGUGGUUUUGCCUCUUAAUGGCACCUCUAAAAAUUUAAUUUCCAAACACCUGCCAGCACAACAAACCAUCAAUCAAGGCGGUCAUCAUCCCGCUGGACAGAUGCAUCAAUAUCGUCCUGCAAAUUCCCAACCUAAUCAGCAACAACAAAUACCUGCAUCUGCAACAAGUAAUGCACCCCCACCACCACCACCAAAUGUUCCCCUAAAUCUAUCAGCCAAAUCCAAGGCUCCCAUUGCACUGGAGGAACGUUUGGAUUUAUCUACAACCUCCUCCAAACAGCCACAGGGACCAUUGCCACAACAACCACCACCGGCCACCCCGCGCAAACGCCACUCCAUUGAACAGCCGAGUCAGGUUACAGCCAUCAUCAAUUCGGCCGCCUUCAAUGAAGCUUCGAAUUCCUCCAACUCCAAUUCACAAGCUGGCCAACAGCUUAAUAAUGCCGCAACCACCUCCACAGCAUCUUCAUCUGCCGCUGCUACUGCUGCUGGAGGUAAAUAUCCUCCACCCAAUCAUUCCAUUAUUAAAAACCUGCUGCUAAAUGCUCGUGGCCUGGCCGUACCCAUGGGUGAGGGUGAGGAUGCCGUUUACAUUUGUCCCCUCUGCUCCAUGGAAUUCCGCACCGCCGAAGAUUUACAACUGCACAACAGCACCUAUUGCCAGGGCAACAACAGCAGUGCCAAUUCACCUGCCUCCUCGCCAUCCCACAAAUAUUUUCGCAGCAGUUCAAUACAAUCGCUGAAUAUGAGUGACCUGAAAAUACUCUCGAAAAAUCCACUGUCCUUGGCGAAGUUGGCAUGGUCACAACUGAAGACAAAGCCUAGUAAUUUGGUGCUAAAUCGUUUGAGUGCAUCGCAGGCGAACACAUCGAAAAGUAACAGUACCACAACGACAUCGGCCACAUCUACCCAGCCUAGCUGUUCGACCACAACGCUAUUGGCAAGUGGAACCACGGGAGCUGCUGCAAACAGCAACAGUGGUACAGGUCCUUCCAAAUCACAUUUGGCUCUCAACGAUAUACCAAUGCGAUUUGUGGAUGCCCCGUUGCCCUCACCAGGCCCCUUACUGGGCAAAACACCCCUGGUGGACUAUACACCCAAUCAUGAUACGAAACAUAAAUCCGAAGAGGUCAUAAUAACCAAAAUGCACGAUGAUCGCUGGAAUAAUAGCACGAAUUUUAAUGACCAACAACAUCAUCCUGCAGCAUUAAACGCCAACGCCAACAAUAAACGUUUGAAAUUUGAAACAUCAAACCUAUCCUCCGCUACCUCCUCCUCAUCAUCUUCGGUGACCAACAAACGUCUAACCAACAUUACCAGUGGCGGGGACAUGCAACCCUUAAACCCUUUGGAACUAUCGAAGAAGGAGGAACGUUUAAAACGUUUCACCUCCUCGGGUGGCUGCAUGAUUCCCCUCUCGGAAUGUGAUGAUGUUGAUAAAAGUCCAAAAAUGAUCAGGACUCCCCUGCUGUCGGGUGGUAGCUUUCAAGAGGUAUCACCCAAAAAGGAAACAAAAUUACCCAUGCCUCUAAUACAAGGGGCUCAGCUAACACCCAAAUUAGCUUUGGGUUUAGGGGCCACCUCAUCCUCAUCGGGGCCACAACAUUUUCAAUUUCCACCCAUAAAUCAAAUAACAGCCUUUAACCCGCUGACUUUGCCGCUUACCGAAAAGGUUAUACCCUAUGUACCGGGUAUACCGGGGCCGAAUAGUCUCACGCCACAAAUGCAUUUGCCACCGCAGCAACAACAACUACACCUGCAAGUUCCUCCACAGCAAAAGUCAAGGACUGUUAGCCCCAAUCGCAAGACGCAGGCAGCAUUGAGUCCCAACAUGCCAGCCAAUGAUGGUGGAUCGAACAGCAACACCAAACCCCUGACCACAUUUGGUGGGGUACAAAAUGUACCCAGCGAAUUUGCCAAGGCUCCGCCCAGCACCAAUAUGCGGAAUGUUAAAAACUGGAACACCAACAACAAAUUGAAUUUACCAGGCACGGCUGCGGGGGGUGCUCCUGGUGCAAGUGGGGAUGUCAAAGCCCCCUUUAAAUCCUUUAACUUUUUGCGCAUGGCUGACAACUUGAGUCCGCGUAAAGUUUUGGGUGAAACCGAAACCCGGCACUUCAAUUUGGAACGCGUGGCCAAGGAUCAAUUGAUAAUUCAACAACCCACCUCCUCAGCUUCGGGUAGUGGCAAGACAUUGUCACCCACAGGAUCAUCGGCAACUGGUACAACAACUCUUACACCCCUGCAUGUGGAUACCACAUCAGGGCUGCAGGUUGAAGCGAAUGACUCAUCCGCCGCUCUAAUGGAAACUAAACCCAAAUCGAAAUUCCUACGGCCAACCAGUCUGCCCCUUAGGCCCGGGACAUUUACACCCAAACGUCAUCAUGGUAUAACACCCACUGCCAAUACCCUGCCUUUGAUUUCACCCGAAACACCCAGACCCUCAAAGGAAUGUGUACAGCUAUAUUUGAAUGGAAAUUCGUAUACCUAUUUGGGUUUGAAAUCGAGCACCAAGACAUUCUAUUGUACCCUAAAUUGUCCUCAACCAUCCUAUGUACAGGAUAUGCAUAAGCUCUCCAUGUACUCCAUGUGGCAACAGUGUGCCGAAAAUAAUCCACAUCCUUUGGGUUUGAAACCCAAGGAGGUUAUGUCGCUAUACGAUUCCCGACAAAAGGUACAAAUUUACAAUAUGGCUGAGAGUAAAAAGCUGGCCUAUACGGUUGUGGCGGCCCAGCAGAUUGUAACCACACCCUUCCUCAGUAGUCAGGAUAAAUUCUAUCACCAUCAGUUGAAGCGGUUAGAUGCAGAGGAAGAUUCCACGGCGCCUAAUAAAGAUGAUAACAAAUCAACAACGGCUGUGGCUGCUGAGCCAAAGGAUACCAGUCAAAUGUCCAACCACUCGGCAACCUCGACCUCAUCCUCCUCUUCCCAAACAUUGGUGGGAGGUUAUGAGUCCAAUGAAAACUACACCUAUAUACGUGGUAGAGGCCGUGGUAAAUAUGUCUGCUUGGAGUGUGGUAUACGUUGCAAGAAACCCUCUAUGCUGAAGAAACACAUUCGGACCCACACCGAUGUCCGCCCGUACACAUGUAAACAUUGUAAUUUCAGUUUCAAAACCAAGGGCAAUUUGACCAAACACAUGCAGUCCAAGACGCACUAUAAGAAAUGUAUAGAAUUGGGUCUGAAUCCAGGUCCAAUGCCCGCGGAUGGUGAAUUCUUGGAGCCCGACAUGGAAUUUGAUCAACAAUCAUCGACAUCGGCUGGUGGUAGAACUUCGUCAAUGGGUAAUGCUGAAUCGGAUUCGGAUGGUGAUUCAAGUGAUAAUGAAACGGAGAGUAGUAAUGAAUCGGAUUCAGAUAAUAAAUCACAUUUGGAACAUGAGGCGGCCAGAUGUUUACUUUCCCUCAGUAUGACACCGCCCAUACAUACCCAAAGUUCGGAGGCAGCUAGUCAAAUGGUGGUCAGCAGCACCACCACCAAUGUCAUGGCCACCCCUUCCGCCACCAAUACAAGUAGUACAAUUACCACCACCUCCUCCACACCACCAUCUGCCAUACGACGAGUCAUCUCGUAUACCUCACCCAAGCCCCCAUUCGAUUAUCACAAGCAGGAACAAUAUUAUUCCAAUCCGGAAGAGGCUAUGCCCAAGAAUAAGACCAUAAAUAGUUUUGAAGCGGCUCCCAUGGAUUUGACAAAGCCACGUAGUAGCUCAGAUACAAGUGUGACAACCGUAAAUUCCCUGCCCGCCACUGUAUUGGUUCAUGCUUCCCUGGCACAUGGCAGCAAACCAUCAGGAUCAGUACCUCCAGCUUUAUAUUCAAUGCCUGGUCCCGUACAAACCCAGGCUCAAAUCGAUGAUGUCAUAUUUGGUGGUAACCGUGAUGAGUCCGGUUUGCUGAAAACAAUGAUCUCAGUUUCCUCCAAAGUGGCUCGUAGUCAACCUGGCCUCUCCGAAGAAGUAAGGAAUCUCAAUGAAGAUAUGAUGCUGUACGACUAUAGGCGGGAACAAACAUUGCAGUACAAUAAAAUUAAGCAAACGCAGUUGAGUCGGGGUCUAACAGCUGCCAGUUCGGGCAGUGAGGUUGUGGUGACAAUGACACCUGCAAUCACGACAGCGGCGGUCUAUGUCAAUGCAAUGGCAUCAAUGACCACCUCCACCACCACAAUGGUUACACAAGUAUGCAGUUCGAUAAGUUCUGUAUCCACCUCGGUGGUGAGUAGUCGAGAUUCUGCAAUUGUGUCCAGCAGUUCUGCUGCAUCAACAGUUACCGCCCCUGCCACUGCCCCCGUCCCAGCCCCUGUUGCCUUGGUGGCCGAAAGCAAACCAGAUGUACCUUUACAAGUGCCAAAAAUUGAAAUAGUCGAACCUUUGGAAACUCCACAGAGAACAAAAUCCAAUGAAAGUAACCCACCCGCCCAAUUGCUACCAGCCCCAGAUUUGAGAAAGCCACCAUCCGCCGCCAAAACUUCUUCUGAUGAAAGUGAAGAAACCGAUGAGGAGCCACCCGCCAAAAGACAUUUAUCAUCGAUGAGUGGUGAUGAAAAAGUGGUGGUGGCGGCCGCAGGUCAUAAUUCCAAUUUACCUGCAGCUGUUUUGCAACCUGGAACCACAGAUUUUUCUGGUGUCCUAUCCGGAGGAUCAAACAGUAAUAGUAGUGGUGGAGGUGGUGGUGCUUCACAACCCACACGUACGGUUAUUGUGGGCGAAGAUGGUUUCACCACAAAUAAUAAUGAAAUCUUACCCGUCCACCCUCGAGUACCACCUCUCACAAAUGCCGAUGGCAGACCCGUCUGUUCGAUAUGUUCGAAAACUUUCCAAAAACAAUCCCAACUGGCUCUACACAUGAAUAUCCAUUAUAUGGAAAGGAAAUAUAAAUGUGAUCCAUGUGGGGUGUCGUUCCGCACCCAAGGCCACCUGCAAAAACAUGAACGUUCAGAGGCCCAUAAAAAUAAGGUUAUUAUGACAUCAACAUUUGGUGUCCCCACCACAUCAAAUCCCCGCCCAUUUGAGUGUACCGACUGCAAGAUAGCCUUUCGUAUCCACGGCCAUUUGGCCAAACAUUUACGUUCCAAGACCCAUGUCCAAAAAUUGGAAUGCCUUCAGAAGCUGCCAUUUGGUACAUAUGCUGAAAUUGAACGAGCCGGUAUUAGUCUAACGGAAAUUGAUACCAGCGAUUGUGAGAAUAGUUUGAUCUCUUUGCGGCUGCUGGCCCAAAAGCUCAUUGAAAAAGAUCCCAGCUCGAAGUUGGGUAGUUAUACCACACCGUCGGGAGUGCUGCAGGACAAUAAUUCGAAUACGGGAUUGGUAUCACAGGAUAGUGCAUCGGAAGAUGGUUUCCAGGCUGCUGCCAGUGCUGCAGCCUCGGCCAUUGCUUCAUUGGACAACGAUAGUGCGGCAAAUACCCCAAGGAGGGCAAAUUCCACCUCUGAAGAUGAAUCCAUUGCCAUGGCAUUGAAUAACAAUUUGAAGCGACGUUUGCCGGGAGCCUUUAGCAGCAGUAAUGGUGAGGACAGCGAUAAGGAUAUACAGGAAGAGAAACGUAUGAGAUCAGAUCUACUGGUGGUAGGAAAUCAUCAAAUGCAGUCGGCGGCGGCCGCAAGUCCACCAGCAGCAAACUGA